ACAAACAUCGAUUUUACAUUUCACGGGCUCGUGAUCACAGUUGGACGCUGCAACCCCAUUGCUACGUCCGACGUAGAGACUUCGAACUCUUGCCGAACCUUUGUGUCAAAAAAAGAUCAGAUCAAGACAGGAUGGCAUCCGAGCUGCCUUCUCUAGCAGGAAAAGUAUGCAUUGUGACCGGAGCUUCCAGAGGAAUUGGAAAAGGUAUUGCUUUGAUGUUGGCUAAGGCUGGAGCUACUGUUUACAUCACAGGCAGGACUCUUGAUGCUGGGCAAGGCAAGCAAGGGUCAUUGAGGCAAACAGCUGAAGAGAUUGGUCAGGAGAGUGCUGGUUGCUGUAUUCCUGUGAAAUGUGACCAUGGAAAUGAUGAAGAAGUAAAAAAAUUGUUCGAAAAAGUCAGUCAAGAACAAAAUGGGCGACUGGAUGUUCUUGUGAACAAUGCUUACAAGGGAGUUAAGGCAAUAUUGGAGAGUGCUGGGCAUCCAUUUUAUGAACAGCCAGUGGAAAUGUGGGAUGAGGUCAACAAUGUGGGCUUAAGGUCCAGCUAUGUGGCGGCAUGGCACGCAUCCAAAAUGAUGGUUCCAGCAAAGCAGGGGCUUAUUGUCAAUGUGUCAUCGGCGGGAGGCCUAAGAUAUCUCUUUAAUGUUGCAUAUGGCGUCGGCAAAGCUGCAACGGACAGAAUGGCUGCAGAUAUGGCUGUGGAACUACGCAAACACAAUGUGGCGUGUGUCUCUCUGUGGCCAGGAGCUGUCAAGACUGAGAUUGUGACGGACUUGAUUCUCAGCAAAGCUGAUCAAGGAGGAAAG